AUGGUCAAGUUCAGGGGCAUUGAGAUCUGCAUCAUAUCACAGUUCGACAUCUGCAAGCUGCCAGAGUUCCAGUACCGCAAGCAGUCGCGAAUUAGUGAUCCUUUCCAGCCUAAUUUCCAGCAUGACGACCCAGCCUCGUUGCCCUAUCCGACUGCCGCGUGCUUUGUCCCCAUCUAUCCCGGCAGCCAGAUUUGGUUCGAAUACACCGUCGAUGGUCCCCAUCCCCCAGAGGCUGCCUGGUUCUUCAAGCUGUUCAUCAAUGGCCAGGUGGUGACGUCGUGGGAUUGCACGGCCAAGCACGGCUUCCAUGGCAAGAUGAUGUAUAACUUGGUCAACGAAGGCUUGGAUGCAGAGACGGGUCACGCCGUAGUCAGAACAGAGGCAUUGCGAUUCGGGGACGGGCUGGAAGACUGCGAAAGAGGCGGGGCACACGAGGAUAUGAUCCAGAUCAAUGUGCAUCGGGUUGAACACAAGAGGCGGAUUUGGGACCUCGAAGCAGGCUUAGGGCAAGUGAACAGUGUCAGUGAUAAUGCGGAUGGGCUGCAGUUGACAAACAGCGGUUUCCUCGAGCCCUGCAUUCGUCCCCGGCGAUACAAAUUUCAGCUCCUUGACCCCGUGGACAUGCCUUACGCGGCCUUCCAAUUUCAUUGUCGCUCUCAUGGGUCUGCACAUGACACUACAAAGGAGCAUUCCGAGGAGCCCUCACCGUUUGCAAUCUUGCCUGGUCAAUCUUCGACGAUUAUAUCACCCAUUAAGAUUGGAAAUACCACCACAACAGCAGAGAGGCAGACUCUGGAUAAGAUCAAAGCGUCCACAAGCUCCGUCAAUGUCUGUCUCAGCGAUUCGGACGACUCGCUGAGCGUGAGGACUAAGGACAGCAUUGAGGACCUCUCGUCAAGGUUUACGCGAUCCCCAAGGUCCCCAAGGUCCCCAAGCCGCCGCGACAAAAGCACUGAUGAUGAACGGAGAAAGAGAGAUGCUGAAAUUCCCCCGUCUCCAUCUCCGUCGGCCAGAUCACCUCGUCAACGCUUGAGAAAGAAGCUCACAGUCAAUAUCAAUGGUGCAAAUUUCGACGUCGACAGAAAACGUCGACCGUUAAGUCCCUUUACGAGUGGCGGAAUGCUUAGGAAAGCGUGUGUGCCGCAGACAGCGCCGGCCUCGGUCACAGAGUUUGGGCCGACCGUUGAAGAAGAAAUCAGGCCCAAACUCCAGAAGAGUAAGGCAGAGACGGAUGCAAAACCUGAGAAGGGCGGUUUCAGAACAACGUCGGAGGAGCGGGGAGGAAAGAGACUGAUGGGGUUCCUGGGAAGGAGAAUUGCAAGUGGGAGGAGUGCCUAA